GCUGUGAACACUGCUAGCUGUCAAAUUUUUAUUUUUUUUUCUCCCGAUGGAACCAAGUUUUCUUACGUUCGAGAAAUAUUAACUGGAAGGAUGAUGUCCAUUCGAUUUAUUAAAGAUCUAUCGAAAUUGAAUCGACGACUGUCCACAUUCUCGAUCAAAAGCAAUGUGCCACCGCCGGAAAAUGUUAUGUCUUCACUAUCGCCGAAUGAGCACAUCUUGCCGUUCCAACGAAACCAUUUAAUUGCACUGCGAUCACAAAUCACAUCCGUCGAUAUCAAAUCGCCGUGGCAGAACAAUGCACUGAUCAAUCCGAAAAUAGAUAAUCCGAUAAUCACCCCCAUCAUCGAAACCCCAGUCCAACCGAACCAGCAAGAAAUUGUCGAUCGAAUCCGUGGUAUCGUUCAAGAUUUGGAAAUGCCGGCGAUUGAUAACGGCGUCGGAGAGGAUGGUAAACAGGCUAACAAAUUGAUCAAAAUCCGUCGCAGGAAGAUGAGGAGACAUAAAUUGAAGAAGUUGCGAAAGAAAAUGAAAUUCGAGUGGGCCAAGGUGAGACAGAGAAGAGAGCUGCGAAAGGAGAAGGCUUUUCAGGCGGUGCUCGUUGCUCAGAUCAAGGAAGCGGAGAAAUUCUCUGCCGAAGAAUACGUCGCCGAAAAGUUAAGGAAAGCGAACGAGAUUGUCAUUCCGAAGUACUGGAAGGGCAAGCGACUACCAGAGUUUAUAAUCAGAGAGAAAAUGGGUCUUAAGUAGGUCAGAACUGUGUGACACGAGCAUUGAAUUAGUGAAUAAAGACGCGCCCAGUUAAGUU